AUGGGAAAUAUAAACUUGGUUCGAGUGGAUGGCGUUUGCCUUCAUUGUUGGAUCCGUGAUCAAGUGAAUUCCAUCUCGUCCUCAACAACACACGCUCAGAUUAGAGAGGUUCUCGAAGCUCAUCGUAGCGACUGUAUUCCGCGAAGCGCUGGGCAGAACGAGGGUAACGCACAACGUCUGCUAACUAAAAGUGAUCUCAUUAUUAAUUUCAAGGGAUUAAAACGGCAAGAAGAGCUCAACAAAAUCGUAUUGCUCAGUUGCAAAAAGGAUUCCAAUGACUUCCGCACGGAUGUAAUGAUUGCAGAGCGUAAACGUAUCACAACGGGAAUUUAUACGCGUUGA